CUGUAUGCUGUUCAACUGCACUCAGUUAAAGCCGCGCUUUGAAACUGAUCGGAAUGAAGUCGUUCGGAUUGAUUGCACUGGCUAUUUGUGGCGCUGUCUGCGUCGCUGCGCAACCACAGCACACCUACGACGGUCGGAAUGGGCCGCAUGUCUUCGGUACUCCGGGCAAUCAGGUCUACAUAAGGGGUCAGAAUGAAGGAACCUACAGCGUGCCGGGAGUGGGUGGCCAGUUUGAAAACGCUCCUCAACGGGGUGAGCAUGUGUACACCGAUGACUUGGGCAACACGUUUGUAAACCGAAAGAACGCUGGUGGACCAGCUUCUCACACCGUCAGUGGUCCCAGUUUUUCCGCCCAGAACUUAGGUCCCAAUGGAGCCAAGGGAGUGGGAGUCCCACAACGCCCUCCUCGCAGUCCGCAGCUUCACGUACAGCGUCCCGAUCGCACUGUUGACGUUGGAAACGGAGGAUUCUACAUCCAGCGCAGCCGGCGCAGUCCGCAGCUCCAUGUGGCACGUCCGGAUCGCACCGUAACUGCUGGUAAUGGCGGCGUCUAUGUCCAACGCAGCCGGCGCAGUCCGCAGCUCCAUGUGGCACGUCCAGAUCGCACCGUAACUGCUGGUAAUGGCGGCUUCUAUGUACAACGCAGCCGGCGCAGUCCGCAGUUUCAUGUGGAGCGACCAGACCGCACGGUCGAUUUUGGAAAUGGUGGCUUCUCCGUUCAACGUUUCCGUCGUGGGAUCAACGAUGCCCGCGUCCAGGGAGAGAACUUUGUGGCCCGCGACGAUCAGGCAGGCGUUUGGGACAAUAAUGUCUCCGUUUGGAAGCGCCCCGAUGGACGUACUGUUGUAAUCGAUAGCAGUGGUCGUACCAUCGUGUCUGGAAGAGGACGUCCUGCCCAGCAAUACUGAAAUAGUUCCAAAGAAACACAACUUUAGGCGUUAAAUAUGAUAAAUUUGAGACUAUGUAUAUAACAACUUAAAUCACAUGAUAACUGAAUACAAAAAUAACCGAAAAACUA